UGUCCAGCUGCAUCUUCACCCCGAUAUGCCCGACGAGAGAAAGCGGCGCGACAGCGACAGCGACAGCGACAGCGGCGGGCGGAAGAAGAAGAAGAAGAGCAGCCGCAAGCAGGACUACUCCGACUCGGAAUCGCGCGAGCGCGACCGCAAGGAGAAGAAGGAGAAGAAGUCGAAGAAGGAGAGGCGCAGCGAUUCGGACUCGCCCCCGCGGCGCAAGAAGGAGAAGCGCUCGCGCCGCGACUCGCGGUCGCGCUCGCGCGACCGCCGCCGCGACCGCUCGCGCGACCGCCGCGACGACUCGAGGGACCGCGGCCGCGGCGGCUACGACGACCGCCGGCGCGACGACCGCGGCGACCGCGGCCGCGGCGGGUACGACGAGGACUUUUCGCGCUCCGUCGCCGGCCGUUAUCCCGGCCGGAUGCGGCACGAGAUGAUGCGCGCGGACGGCGACACGGCGCGCGUCGACGAGGAGAAGGUCAACACCAUCCUCUCGCAGCGGAUCGAGGCCAAGCGCAACAAGGACUUCUUCACGUCCGACCGGCUGCGCGACCAGCUGCGGCAGCAGUUCGGUGUCGAGGUGAUGGACCGCGAGUGCAAGUGGUGGUCCAUGCGCGGCGGACAAGGGCCGGCGAUCAACGUCGACUACGGCCGCCACGACUACGCGCGCACCGACGACCUGCCCGGCGUGGACGUCGAGGAGAUCGACAAGCUGCUCUCGCAGCGGCUGCACGCGCGCCGCACGCACGACUACUUCCACGCCGACAACCUCCGCUCCCAGCUCAACCGAAUGGGCGUCGAGGUGGACGACCGCGCGCGGUCCUGGACGGCGACCGAGCGGGCGCAGAAGCCGGGCUUCGAAGACCACAAUGGGCGGCGCGACGACGACGAGCCCCGCGGAGGAGGACGAGGAGGAGGAGGAGGGCGACGCCGCGGCGGCAGCCCCGAGGGCGGCGACAGCGCCGAGGGCGGCGACAGCCCCGAGCGCGUCGACGGCGGCAAGGGCGCCGCCGGCGAGUCGGAGGAGUGAAGAGGCGCGAAGAAGCCCCUCGCGGCACAACACACACGCCCGGGGGCAGCGCGGACCGGGGGGCAAGGCGCCCGGUUGGAGAGCCCGGUUGCCCCUCGGGUCUACCGAGAGCGGAGGGAAGGGGGGGUGAGCGCCCGGGGGCGAGGCAGCAAGCGAUUUUGCAUGCAAGAGACCGUCGAGGUGUCGGUCCCGCUCAGUGUGUCGCGGGAAGGGCUCUGCCUCUGGCGCUGUGGCCGGCGCGGUGGCCACACACGCGCCGGGGCACUGGGACCGGGACCGGCGCUCGUGUUCGUCGUUCGUGUUGGCUAGUUCCAUUUCAAAGUGGCACAGCCCGCGCGUUACAAAACCUUGAUUUUG